UCAAAUUUUCAGUUUAUUUUCGUCUCUGUAACUCUUCAAGAAUCCGUUUCUUUUCACUUCAAAACCUCGUCUUUCAAAUAUGCAGAUAUUCGUUAAAACCUUCACCGGCAAGACCAUAACUCUGGAGGUGGAGAGUUCUGACACCAUCGAUAAUGUCAAGGCCAAGAUUCAGGAAAAAGAAGGUACCCCACCUGAUGAGCAGCGACUUAUCUUCGCCGGAAAACAGCUUGCGGAUGGAAGGACACUCGCGGAUUACAACGUCCAGAAGGAGUCAACACUCCGUCUUGUUCUUCUCGGGCUUCGCGAUGGGAUGCAGAUUGUUGUCAGGACAUUGAAAGGGAAGCCAUUUACCCUGGAGGUGGAGAGGUCAGAUGCCAUUGAGGAUGUGAAGGCCAUGAUUCAGGAGAAGGUGGGGAUCCCACAGGAACAGCAGAGACUGUUAUAUUUGGGAGAGAUGUUGAAGGAUGCACGUACCCUUGAUGAUUAUCAAGUACACUCCGCCGUUUGCCCUUGGGUGAUGCUGAUUGUUAAUAAACCUUUUAGCCGUCUGUGAUAUAACUGAAACUAGAUUUUAGAAUGCUUAUGCAGCUUCAUGAUUCUGCAGAAUUCAAGAACUAUUAUGCUAUUUUUUUUUUAUAUUUCUGUACCAUAAAAGGAAAAAACUAAGGAUUCAACAUA